AUGCAAUACGUUGGUAAAGUCGGAGGUUACGUUUAUAACCAAUGGAAUGCACUCAAUCCGGCAACUUUGCUGGGUGCCAUUGAUAUUAUAGUGGUAGAACAGCCGGACGGUUCCUUACACUGCUCACCAUGGCAUAUUAGAUUUGGGAAGUUCCAGAUCAUCAGGCCACUGCAAAAAAAGAUUGAUUUGUAUGUCAAUGAUAUCAAAACUGAUUUACCAAUGAAGCUAGGUGACGGUGGGGAAGCAUGCUUCGUGUUCGAGACAGCAGAUCACAAUAUGGUCUCUAAAUCAGUAUUGACGUCUCCUGUAAUUUCGCCUUCGAGCUCAGCUGAAGGUUCGCCACUAGGUUCUCCAAAGGAGGGUUCGCCAAGCUCCUCUACCUUUGACUUGAAUCAUGGCGAACCGGAAGCUUUGGACUUGAAUGAACAUAGUAACGAGCCAAACGAUGAUGAUAUCGAAAAUAAGAUAAAGCUUACGGAUUCAAAUUCUCCUGUUACGAUAUCACCAUCCAAGAGUCCUACCCCAAAUUCCAGUUUGCAUCUGAAAAUCACUUUUGAAAAAGCUAGAAAAAUUACUCAGCAAUUAAAUAUUCCUUCCAAAAUUGACAUCAAUGGGGAUAUGGUGUUGGAUAUGGACGGUUAUAAACCCAACUCACAAAAAAAUAUAGAUGUCUCCGAUGAAUAUUUCAAAAAGAUUUUUCUCCAGGAAUUAAUGGACUUAACUAAUAGUAAUAAAGACGGAAAAAAUUCUGAUCAGGAAUAUAAUUUCUUAGAUCAAAUUGUUAGCAAAGAUGGAGAUGGCAAUAUUAGAAUUUUGAAUAAUAAUGCAACUGAAGAUGAAAUUAACCUUGCGGAUGAUCUCACGAAUCAUGAAGGCUUAGUACGAGUUUCCAGUAAUGAGGAAAGUCCUUUAGAUACUACUACCAAUGAAGAAAAUAGACAACAUGGUGAUAAGACAUAUUUCAAGACUUUGAGAUUAACUUCAGAGCAAUUACAAAAGAUGAAUUUACACUACGGGGAGAAUAAAAUAAAGUUUAAAUUGAACCAGGCAAAUUCACAAAUCGAAUCUAACUUAUACUUAUGGAAAUCUACCACCCCGAUAGUUAUAUCGGAUAUAGAUGGUACCAUUACCAAAUCUGAUGCAUUAGGCCAUGUUUUAAACUUGAUUGGCAGAGAUUGGACCCAUCCAGGUGUAGCUAAUUUAUUUCAAGAUAUCAAAUCUAAUGGCUACAAUAUCAUCUACUUAACUGCAAGAUCAGUGGGCCAGGCUGACUCCACUAGACAAUAUUUAAAGGGUAUAGUUCAAGAUGGGAAUAUAAAGCUUCCGCACGGACCAGUUAUUUUAAGUCCUGAUCGGACUAUGGCUGCAUUAAAAAGAGAAGUUAUCUUGAAGAAACCUGAGGUGUUCAAAAUGUCAUGUUUAAACGACAUCAAGAGUUUAUAUUUCAGCGCUAACGAUUUAUCCCAUGAUGACGAUGUUACACCCUUCUAUGCGGGAUUUGGGAAUAAAAUCACCGAUGCCAUAAGUUAUAGGUCAGUCAAAAUCCCAUCACAUAGAAUUUUUACAAUUAAUCCCAAUGGAGAAGUUCAUAUGGAAUUAUUGGAAUUAGCAGGUUAUAAGUCAUCCUAUAUGUAUAUUGGGGAGUUGGUUGACCAUUUCUUCCCACCAAUCAAAGCAGUGAAUACUUUGAAUGCAUACUGGAAUGCCAAUCAAUUCAAUCAAUACAUCAACAACACAAAAGAGUCUUCGCCUCCUGGAUCUCCAGGGGCUAGAAGCAUUGACAAUUUCGAGGGAGAUUCGAUGUUGGCCAUCAAAACUGACGAAAAAUACAACGAUGUGAACUACUGGAGGGAACCAUUGGCUAAUUUAAGUGAUUUGAGCGACCUGGACGUCGAGGGCGAUGACGAUCUCGUCAAUGAAUCAAAAUCAAAAUCACCUAAAUCACCAACGUUACUCUCCAUACGUGGAGCAGAUAAUGAUACGGCUACGCCUACCGAAGUUGAAAGACCAACCUCCGCUUCAUCCUUCACGUCUCCAUUGAAGAACUUCAUGUUUAACCACCACGAAAACUCGUCAACCCCUACUACUCUGUCGUCGAAUCUGGCGCGUAAUCCUGAUGACACGGCAAUCACAAACGAUAGUGACUAUACCAACGACUACGACGAUGAUGACGAUGACGAUGACUAUACCGAUGAUGGCUACGAUGAUGAAGACGACUACGAAGAUGACUAUGAUGACGAUGAAGAAGGUCCUAACGAUGGUGCCGAAGAUGUGGACGGUCUAGAGGAUGAAGAGCUUGAUGAUGAGGACUUAGAUCAUGACCUCAGACAUGGAUUCGAGCAUGCUAAUGAUUCUCCUUCGCCUGUCAGUCCAAAAUUAUCUCCUGUUCCACCUAUCCUCGAUCCUUUGACGAAAUCGAAGUCUAAUAAUGGAUCACAUAAUGUAUCAAAUAAUGACGCUAAGAAUGAUGGUAAUGAAGAGUCUAAUAGCCAAUUCGUUAAAGCUAGUGAUUUAAUGAAUAAGUUAUCUUUGUAA